UUUGCAUGCAACAUCUACAAACUUUACUGUCUGGAUUCCUAGACGAGUAAAGAAAAUAGAUCACAUUUGUCCUUGUGUUGUAGAAGAACAAUAUACACAAGACAGUCGGCGACAUUUCGAUAAGUACCCUUGGCUAACAAAUUCUAUCAAGGCUAAUUCAGUUAGCGGCGCUAGCCCACUGUUAACUGUUAGCACUCGUUGCCUCCUUCAGUGUGUCGCGGCGCACUGUGAAGGUAAUGGUGCAGUGCUGACAAGAGACUUGUCAAGAGAAUCUCUGUACCAUCCUCAGUUUCAGUUAGAAUCAGUUUAGCUGAUGUGAGCAUCGAAAACCAGUGAAAUGAGCCAUAUCAACCCGAACCACGCGAUGUUAACCUCAUCUGACCCCUGGCAAACUAGCUAACGCUUGUUGUUGUCAAAAGCCGUUGGAUGCUAGCUUCUUUAGGAGCUCAGGUUUACAAUUGUUUCCAGGUAUUUAAGUUACAAAUUCACCUAGGCAAGCCUCUACUAAUACAAUCAGCCCAGUCAACGAGAUAAUAAAAGAGGAAAAUGGCUGGAGACGUUGGCAACGUCCCUGAACUGGACCAGAAGAAAUACGAUGCAGAUGAACAAGUGAAGAUCAUCUGUCUUGGCGACAGCGCUGUCGGUAAAUCUAAGCUGAUGGAGAGGUUUCUCCUGGAUGAAUAUCGUCCCCAGCAGUUGUCAACCUAUGCUCUGACUCUCUACAAACACACAGCCACUGUAGGACACAAGACAGUAGUGGUCGAUUUCUGGGACACAGCGGGUCAGGAGAGGUUUCAGAGCAUGCAUCCCUCAUACUACCACAAAGCACAUGCAUGCAUCAUGGUUUUUGAUGUUCAAAGGAAGAUCACAUAUAAGAAUAUGGCCAACUGGUAUAAGGAGCUGAGAGAGUACAGACCGGAGAUACCCUGUUGUGUGGUUGCCAACAAAAUCGAUGCUGAUUUGAAGGUGACACAGAGAAGCUUUAACUUUGGGAAGAAGCAAGGACUCCCAUUUUACUUUGUGUCUGCAGCUGAUGGGACUAACGUAGUUAAGAUGUUCAGGGAGAUGAUCAAGAGAGCAGUGGACUACAAGCAGAACCCCAGCGACUUCAUGGAUGAAGUACUGCAGGAAUUAGAGAACUUUGACCUGGAGAAGAAGAAAGAUAAUUCAGAAGCAGAUGAAGAUGGACUGAAAGCAGAGAGUCCUGAGCUGGUCUGACAGAUUUUUACAGAUCCUCCAAACCCACUUGUCAUCUCAUGGAUUAUUUAUCCUCCUUUGGGGUUGAUGGUACAAGUAGAUUAUGCUUUUAGUCAAAAUGUCAGAUCUCUGCAACAGACACCACCAACUGGCACAUUGUCCUUAUGUGAUUUUGGUGGUCUGCUUUUAUACUAUUGGAUUUUAUCUCUACUGGAGGAUGGCUGGUCUUUUCAUCAGGUUUUAAGUCACUGCCCUUCAUCUGUCCAGUGACAUUAGGCAGGGAAAUAAACUUGGUGGAAUAAUUAGGGAUUGUGUAGUUUAUCAGGUUCAUUUAGCUGCUAUUUUAGCAUUGUCACUUGUACCUGGUCUUAUAAUAUUUGCUAAUAUAAUGGUAGAAAAUCCCAGUGAAUGUUUGCUUAAAGGACCAGUGUGUAGGAUUUAGUGGCAUCUGGAGGUGAGGUUAAAGAUUUCAGCUAACUGAAUACUCCUCCCUUUGCAAGCGUGAAAGAGAAUCUACAGUGGCGUUCAGGUAAUGUAAAAAUGCAAAAGGCCCUCUCUAAAGCCAGUGUUCAGUCUGUCCAUUCUGGGCUACUGUAGAAACAUGGCUGUGAAACACGGGAGGCUCUGUGGAAGAGGACCCGCUCCCUAUGUAGAUGUGAAAGGUUCAUUCUAAGGUAACGAAAACACAACAAUUCUUUGAGGUGAUUUUACACUAGUGAAAACACAAUACACAAUAGUCCGCCCCCCGCAAAUUCUACACACUGGUCCUUUAAGCAUGAAAAUCAAUUACUUUAUAUCAUGUAAUAAGAAUGUGAAGCAUUGAAAACUAACACACAGCAAAGGAAACAUGUGAUUCUGAACUGUAUUUGCUGCUGUUCUCAAUGUUUGUUUGUAGUAUUGUGUGCAGUGCCAGCAGUGAGAUGCAUCUGUUGGCUGCUUUUGUUGCGUUCAUUUUAUGAUGUAAAAAUCUGUUUGUCAGCGACCUUCAAAUGAAAAUUUAAUGUACCAUGUAACCAGAUCCUCACAUCUCUUUCUCAACGUUUCUCAACGUGCUGUGUGAUCCAGCAGCAGGCACAAGAGCACUAAGUAGGCAACUUAAACAUUUUAGAAGAUACAACCACUAGUCACGUAUGAGUGGACGUCAGCUGUAUUGUACUCUUGUGAAGGUCUCAGCCAAGUGAAAUGUUCAGCCAGCUGUGUCCUCCAUGAUGCAUUUGAGGUGGUUGCUUGCACAUUCAUUCAUACUGGCAGGAACGUUGCUAUGAAGAACUUUAAACCUGUUUUCUGGAAGAAGAAGCCUCAGUGUAGGCGAUACAUGUAAUUCAGUUAUUUCUAUAUGAUUAUUAUGUUGUACACAGAAACUAUGUAUGUAUAUUUUCUAUUUAUAUUUGACUGUUUUGUGCGGCAUUUACUCACAAUAAAUCACACUGGA